AUGUGGGCCACCGUGGGGGCAUGUGGGUCACCGUGGGGGCAUGUGGGCCACCGUGGGGACAUGUGGGCCACCGUGGGGGCAUGUGGGCCACCGUGGGGGCAUGUGGGCCACCGUGGGGGCAUGUGGGCCACCGUGGGGGCAUGUGGGCCACCGUGGGGGCAUGUGGGCCACCGUGGGGGCAUGUGGGCCACCGUGGGGGCAUGUGGGCCACCGUGGGGGCAUGUGGGCCACCGUGGGGGCAUGUGGGCCACCGUGGGGGCAUGUGGGCCACCGUGGGGGCAUGUGGGCCACCGUGGGGGCAUGUGGGCCACCGUGGGGACAUGUGGGCCACCGUGGGGGCAUGUGGGCCACCGUGGGGGCAUGUGGGCCACCGUGGGGGCAUGUGGGCCACCGUGGGGGCAUGUGGGCCACCGUGGGGGCAUGUGGGCCACCGUGGGGACAUGUGGGCCACCGUGGGGGCAUGUGGGCCACCGUGGGGGCAUGUGGGCCACCGUGGGGGCAUGUGGGCCACCGUGGGGGCAUGUGGGCCACCGUGGGGGCAUGUGGGCCACCGUGGGGGCAUGUGGGCCACCGUGGGGGCAUGUGGGCCACCGUGGGGGCAUGUGGGCCACCGUGGGGGCAUGUGGGCCACCGUGGGGGCAUGUGGGCCACCGUGGGGGCAUGUGGGCCACCGUGGGGGCAUGUGGGCCACCGUGGGGGCAUGUGGGCCACCGUGGGGGCAUGUGGGCCACCGUGGGGGCAUGUGGGCCACCGUGGGGGCAUGUGGGCCACCGUGGGGGCAUGUGGGCCACCGUGGGGGCAUGUGGGCCACCGUGGGGGCAUGUGGGCCACCGUGGGGGCAUGUGGGCCACCGUGGGGGCAUGUGGGCCACCGUGGGGGCAUGUGGGCCACCGUGGGGGCACGUGGGCCACCGUGGGGGCAUGUGGGCCACCGGGGGGGCAUGAGGGCAACCGAGGGGGGCAUGUGGGCCACCGUGGGGGCAUGUGGGCCACCGUGGGGGGCAUGUGGGCCACCGUGGGGGGCAUGUGGGCCACCGUGGGGGGCAUGUGGGCCACCGUGGGGGGCAUGUGGGCCACCGUGGGGGGCAUGUGGGCCACCGUGGGGGGCAUGUGGGCCACCGUGGGGGGCAUGUGGGCCACCGUGGGGGUAUGUGGGUCAGUACUGCGGGUGCCCGCUAUACCCGCAUCAUUGCCAACUCCGGCGGGCCAUACCAAUGUCAGGGUUGUCAUAACACUUGGCAACACUGUUCAUUCGGUCGGAUUGGAGUUCACCGGUAAGACUGAUUAUCCAGCGGUGGAAUUGGUGAUGUGUGACGUGCUGCACGUUGAUGUGGCUGCGAUUUAUGGAGUGGAGUUGGUUUCUUCCCAUCGGGCUAUCGUGAAGUUUGCCACCGAGGGUGACUAUAGCGUGUUUUUGCGCCGUUACGAGGGGCGGUCGUUUCAGCUGCCGGAUGCUGCUGGUACGGUCGUUAUCUCCGACCGUAGUGGUGCCCUUACCAUCGUCAGUGUGCACGGUGCGCCCCUCGAGUUCCGGAGGAGCUGCUACGGAGGUAUUACGGGCGGUAUGGCACUGUUGUGA